CUGAGGAAGAUAUAUCCGGAGGAGCAAUUUUUUUCCUCCGUGAAUUUUGUCUUGCGGAUUAAUACAUUUAGUGGAAUUAAACGGAUUUUACGGAAUAUUUCAACUGUGAUUCUUGAUACUGAUAGUUGGUGAGAUCGUUACCUCAGCUUAAAUGCUGAAAUACUAAAAACUAUUUUUUCUCCAAGAUCCUGUGAACGGUAACUGGCCAUACAGAAAAGACACGACCGUGCAGUAUUGCUAAAUUUGCGUCUGAACCACUUGUCUAUGGUUUGCACGCAACGCAACGGGUUACAGAUCGCAACGGGUUACAGUCGCAUCAGUCAGUGAAGUGUUGAUGGAAAAUCGAUGAAUAUAUUUAAUUUUGUUGUUUAUUGAUGCCGACAGUGGAUUAAAAAAACAUAUAUUGAAUCGAGAAAACCUCUCAUCUUCAUCAUCUCGUCUACAUAUUUCACGAUUUUGUCUUAGAUAUCCACAAUGAAUGCAAAGUCGGACAUCAAUUUGGAUCGGAUAAUUGAGCAGCUCAUGUCUGUUCGUUCAACCCCCGGAAAACAGGUACAGCUGCCAGAGAAUCAGAUUCGGCAUCUAUGCCAGCUAUCCCGAGAGCAGUUCUUAGAGGAACCCAUGCUGGUUGAGCUAGAAGCUCCGGUAAACAUUGUGGGGGACAUCCACGGCCAGUAUGGAGAUCUCAUCAGACAUUUUGACAAGUGUGGCUUCCCACCAGAUUCAAACUAUCUCUUUCUUGGAGAUUAUGUAGACAGAGGAAAGCAAUCCCUGGAGACCAUCUGCUUGAUGUUGGCCUACAAACUCAAGUAUCCCAACAAUUUCUUCCUACUGCGAGGAAAUCAUGAGUGCGCCAGUAUCAAUAGGUAA